CACGCACCCUCGGGCCGAGCUGCGAGCGCUGCGGGGCCGGGCGCCGGAGCUCGGAGGGGCCGCGGCGGCGGCGGCGGCGAGAGCUCCGCUCAGCACAUCGCCCAUCGCCCAUAGCCGGGCCCGCUGCCCCCGCGCCGGGCUCCGCGGGGCCGCUGCCCGGCGGGUCCCCAGGGAGCGGCGGAUCCUGGGGAGCGGCGGAUCCGGGGGAGCGGCGGAUCCGGGGGAGCGGCGGAUCCUGGGGAGCGGCGGAUCCCGGGCAUCAGCGGAUCCCCGGGAGCGGCGAAUCCCAGGGAGCGGCGGAUCGCAAGGAGCGGCGGAUCCUGGGCAUCCUCGGAUCCCCGGGAGCGGCGGAUCGCAGGGAGCAGCGGAUCCAGGGAGCGGUGCAUCCCGGGCAGCGGCGAAUCCCGGGCAGCGGUGCAUCCCGGGCAGCGGCGAAUCCCGGGCAGCGGCGGAUCCCGGGAAGCGGCGGAUCCCAGGCGGCAGCGGCUCCCGGGAAGCGGCGGGCGCGGGGCUCGGCGCGGCCCGCCCGCCGGGGAUGCGCUGAGCGGCCGGCCCGGCUCGGAGCCGCCCCGUGCAUGCUGUGGGGAUACACUGUCGCGAUAAUAAAUGAUAGAGGAUACCAUGACUUUGCUGUCUCUGCUGGGUCGGAUCAUGCGUUACUUCUUGCUCAGACCGGAGACCCUGUUCCUGCUGUGCAUCAGCCUGGCCCUGUGGAGUUACUUCUUCCACACGGAUGAGGUGAAAACCAUCGUUAAGUCCAGCAGGGACGCGGUGAAGAUGGUGAAGGGCAAGGUGGCCGAGAUCAUGCAGAAUGACAGGCUCGGGGGGCUGGACGUGCUGGACGCUGAGUUCUCCAAGACCUGGGAGUUCAAGAGCCACAACGUGGCUGUCUACUCCAUCCAAGGCCGGAGGGACCACAUGGAGGACAGGUUCGAAGUGAUCACCGACCUGGUGAACAAGACUCACCCCUCCAUCUUCGGGAUAUUUGAUGGGCACGGAGGAGAGUCGGCGGCAGAGUACGUGAAGUCCCGCCUGCCCGAGGUCCUGAAGCAGCACCUCCAAGACUAUGAGAAGGACAAGGAGAACAGUGUCCUGUCCUACCAGACCAUCCUGGAGCAGCAGAUCUUAUCCAUCGACCGGGAAAUGCUGGAAAAGCUGACUGUGUCCUACGACGAAGCAGGUACGACGUGUCUGAUCGCGCUCCUGUCCGACAAGGAGCUCACCGUGGCCAACGUGGGGGAUUCCCGAGGAGUCCUGUGUGACAAGGACGGGAAUGCCAUCCCCCUGUCCCACGACCACAAGCCCUACCAGCUGAAGGAGAGGAAGAGGAUUAAGAGAGCUGGUGGUUUCAUCAGCUUCAACGGCUCGUGGCGCGUGCAGGGGAUCCUGGCCAUGUCCCGCUCCCUGGGAGACUACCCCCUGAAGAACCUGAACGUUGUGAUCCCUGAUCCCGACAUCCUCAGCUUUGACCUGGACAAACUGCAGCCAGAGUUCAUGAUCCUGGCCUCUGACGGGCUGUGGGACGCCUUCAGCAACGAGGAGGCCGUGAGGUUCAUCAAGGAGCGCCUGGACGAGCCGCACUUCGGGGCCAAGAGCAUCGUCCUCCAGUCCUUCUACAGAGGGUGCCCUGACAACAUCACAGUCAUGGUGGUGAAGUUCAGGAGUAGCAGCAAAGCAGAAGAGCAGCAGUGAGCAGAGGCUCCCUCUGAACUCGGCACAAACACAGUAGGAAGCUCGAGUAAAAGCCGCUCCGAUUCCCCGCGGGAGGAGCGGACGCCUCUGCUCUUUGUUCUGUGCUUGACAACAGGAGCAAUACAACAAAUCCAUGCUGAGCAAUGACAGGAAUUCA